UGCCCCCUUUGGCCGUUUACGCGCUUCGGCCGUCUUUGUUUAAAUGACAACAUCCGGACGGAAGACACUUUGAAUGGGAUUGUGAACGUGAAUCAAGUGGGACUAAUAUGUUAGAAAACGUCACGGCAGGGAGCUGACAAGUGAAGUCAAGCAGGCUGCGGUUGCCAAGGUUUCAGUGUACGCGCCUGCCUGCCUGCCUGCCAGCCUGCCUGCCUGCGCGCGCCACUCUCCAUUGGCAGACAUGGCGGCGGACCUGCAGCCGCACUGGGUUCGUGGGCUGCCGUCGUCCUGGAGUUACGGGGUUACUCGGGACGGACGUGUCUUCUUCGUCAACGAGGAAGCCAAGAGUACGACCUGGCUUCACCCGCUGAGUGGCGAGGCGGUCAUUACCGGACACCGGAAAACUCCAGAUCUACCCACUGGAUGGGAAGAAGGAUAUACGUUUGAGGGCGCACGAUGCUUCAUUAACCAUAAUGAGCGAAAGGUGACUUGCAAGCAUCCCAUCUCAGGCUCACCCUCACAAGACAACUGCAUCUUUGUCAUCAACGAACAAUCUGCCACCAAAGUACCAGUGAAUGAGAAGAAGGAACAGCCACGCAGCACCAUGAGUGAGACCUCCAACAACACAGGCGGCUCGGACUGCGCCGCAAACCAAGCCAGCCCAGCAGCAAGAGCACCAAGACCUGCUAAAAAACUUCAUAAUUUUGGGAAGAGAUCUAACUCCAUUAGGAGGAAUCCCGGUGCUCCAGUUAUUAGGAAGAACUGGCUUUAUAAGCAGGAUAGUACAGGGAUGAAAUUGUGGAAGAAGCGCUGGUUUGUGCUGUCUGAUUUGUGCCUCUUCUAUUACAGAGAUGAAAAAGAGGAGGGGAUCCUUGGCAGCAUCCUCCUACCAAGCUUUCAUAUAUCCAUGCUGUCUGUGGAUGAUCACAUCAACAGGAAGUAUGCCUUCAAGGCGACACAUCCCAACAUGCGAACAUACUACUUUUGCACUGACGAAGCCAAAGAGAUGGAGUCCUGGAUGAAAGUGAUGACGGAUGCAGCUCUCGUCCACUCAGAGCCCGUCAAAAGGUUGGACAAGUUAAAAGUGGAACAGUGUGGACCGCGGGAGGUCAAUCACAUGGCCAAUCACAGGCCAACUUUGACACAGCCUGAAAUUGAAAACAACGAGCGCAACCGUGAGGCGGACCGCGAGCACGCCACAGAAGAGGACAGGAAGCAGCUGGAUGCCGAGCGCUAUGGCUUCCAGAAGGACGGUGCAGACCGUGAUCGCCCCCUCACCAAGAUCAACAGUAUCAAACUGCAGCCUGCCCAAGCAGCUGCUGUCACGGUCAAAAUUGCAACACCGAGGAGCCCGCCGGAGAUAGACGGCUUACACCAAAGCCCGCAGGUCAAUGGAGCGGGGGAAGCGGGGGAAGCAGGUGAUGGCGAUGGCGUUCCCCAUCAACCAAGUCCCAACUAUGAGCCAGACCGGACACUGAGUAGGACCAACUCUAUGCAGCAGCUCGAGCAGUGGGUUCGCUCACAGAGAGGACGCAGCCAGGAUGAUGACACCAGGAGCAUCACAUCCUAUCAGACGCUCCCUAGAAACAUGCCAAACCAUCGGAUGCCCUAUGGGCCUCAUUUGGGUGAUGGUUACCGCAGCAUGCCCAGAAAUAGCAUGGCACAGCGGGACAGCAUCUGCAGUAUCUCACCCUCAUUGUACGAGCAAGUCCUGGGUCCUCCGAUGGCUGAGAAACGCCGCUCCAUGCGCACCGAUACCAUGUGGCAGCUGUACGAGUGGCAGCAACGACAGGCCUACACCAGGCCGCCAGGGACCUACGGCCAUUUGGCAAGCCCCAAAACCAUGAUCAACCUUUCAGAGCAUGCUGCGCCAAGCUACUCCAUUCCACCUUCGCCCUCGCAUGGAUCCCUAUCUAUGUACGGUGGCUACUCUCAGGCACGGUCCUACAACAUGAGCAGCGCCCGCUCGGAAAUCGCUUCUCCUCUCUACCAAAGAGACAUGAGUAUUGACAGGCGGCAGAGGCAACCAAUGCACAAGUAUGUCUAUCCACCCGAUAGAAGGUCAAUGCCCAUAGGAAUUCCAGUCCAGACUGUCACUGCCCAGUCUCUCCAAAGAAAAACACCUGAGGAACUGACUUUGCUUCUGAUAAAGCUGCGGCGGCAGCAGGCAGAGUUUAACAGUAUCCGGGAGCACACUGUAUCACAGCUUACGCAACUAAACAUGGAUGGUGACAACCCAAAGAAUGAUGAUCUGUCUCAUCAUCUCCAAAGGACUCUCUUGUAUUUGGACUCACAGAUGAAGGAACAUGACCCUUUAAUCGUCAUGACUCACACUUUGAUUGAGAACUCGGCCCCAAGGCCUCAACUUUACCAGCAACUCAGUCCCGAAGAACACCCUUACAUGCCGGAAGAGGCUGACAUUGAUGACAAGCUGAGCCAAUUGUGUGAACAGGAUAAAGUAGUGAGGUCACACGAAGACAAUCUUCAGCAGCUGUACAGAGAGAAGCACACACUGGAGACGGUACUGCUGUCAGCCAGCCAGGAGGUAGAAUUGGGCGCAGAUGACCCGGCUGCCAUGCAGAGUGUCAUCCAGCAGAGAGACUUACUGCAGAGCGGCUUGCUCAGCACCUGCAGAGAGCUUUCCCGAGUUACGGCUGAGUUGGAGCGGUCGUGGAUGGAGUAUGAUCAAUUAGAAGGAGCUGUGACUCUGGCGAAGAGCAACUUGCUGGAGCAGCUUGAAGUGCUGGGAAGUCCACAGACAGAACCUCCCAGCCAACAGCACGUCAACAUUCAGAAGGAGCUGUGGCGGAUCCAAGACGUGAUGGAGGCCCUCAAUAAACAUAAGGACCAGAGAAGUUUUGAUGGCGUGUACGGGCCCAACUUCAGCAAGCAGAAAACCGAGGAGGAGGACUUGGUGCCCCCACGGCCACCUUUACCUCAGGCCUACGAUCCCGACCCCCCCACUAUGCUCCCUCAUACUGGAGUUCGCUCAGCAUCCCUCCAAAGAACAGAGGACAGGAAGACUAAUCAGAGGAAUGGCACACACAGCGGGCCUGACUACCGACUGUACAAGAGUGAACCAGAGCUCACCACAGUAGCUGAAGUGGACGAGAGCAAUGGCGAAGACCGCUCUGAAUACCCUGCUGACCACCCUGCAAACAAAGGCAUAUCCUACCCAGUAGGCGUAGUUCCACCUAGAACCAAAUCCCCAGUGACUGAAUCCUCCUCCAUUGCUUCCUAUGUUACCUUAAGGAAGAGUAAAAAGCCUGACUCCAGAACGGAGCGUCCGCAUAGUGCUGCUGAGCAUCAGCUGUGUGCUCUGGAGAGCGGUCGACCCAGGAUGAGCGUGGAGGAGCAGCUGGAGAGGAUUCGCCGCCACCAGCAGGGUGCCCUCAGGGACAAGAAAAAGGGCCUCCGCGUCCGGGGUAGCAGCGAGGAGAACGCCUUGUCCCGCAGUAAUUCUUUUACUAAAGACAACCACCUGCGCAACGCACAGCAGUCCCAACUGAGGCGCAGAGAUGAGGUGAUGAGCACUGACAUUCUGGAAUUGGAGGCCUCGCUCAGGCAGCAGGAUUUGGUGAGGGAGCAGGAGACCCCUGCUGAGGAGAUUGCACGUCUCAAAGAAGCCUCCAACUCUUUUAACGUGGACAGACAACUGUCAGUGCCUGACAAAGUGCUGAUACCUGAACGCUACGUGGAAUCUGACCCAGAGGAGGCGCUGAGCCCAGAGCAGCAGGCUGACAAGCAGAGGAAAGUUGACCGCAUCAAAGCCCUCAUAGCCAGAAACAGCAUGCAGAAUGUGAUGCCAAACGUUGCAAUAAGCCCAGUGGAGACCGAAGAGAUGGUUACGAUGCAAGAAAAGGAGAAGAUAAUUAAUAUCUCUUAUGAGCUGGCAGCAGAAGCCUCCAAACGCAGCAAGCUGGUUGCAGUGAAAAGCCCGUCGUCAUCUUCCCCACCUCCUCCGCCGUCUCCUAACACCCACCCUCAGCUCGCUGACGGGUCUCACUUCAUCACAAGCCCUGGCUUCAGUCAAAACCUACACAUGAAGGAGUGGAGCCAUGACCAUCUUGUCUCCGAGGUCCUCACCUGACUUGUGUGAUCACUGUGACAUUUGAAGUAUCCUUAACGCGGACGCUUCCCUCUCUUUUAGUUCUUUGUUUUUACCUUCAUUUUAAAUUAUUUAACAGGUUCAUCUUGUAUCCUUCCGUUAUUUUAACAUUCAUAUUUAACCAUUUCUCGCUCUGUAAGAUGAGCAUACGAGACGUAUCUACUUCUUUCUUAAGGAGGGACGACCCCCACUUUGGCACUGCAGAUACAAAAAAAACGCGUCAAUUUCUCCUGUUUCUUGGUUGUAAUUAUUUCAAAUGAAUGUUCCGGCUUGAGUCGCUCUCCACUUUCUGUUUGUUCAAUCGCCGGGAGAGAUAUUUAAGUUGAGAGAUAAAAAAAAAAAAAAAUCUAAGUUUGACUCUAUUUUAUGACAUUUUUGAAGGCGUAGAACUAGCAGAGGAUAUUAGCACAUGUAAAAAGCAAUAACUAACUAAAGAGUUGGUGGAUCCGGGUUGCAUUUUAGUGUGUGUACAAAGUGUAAUUAAGAUGCUUACUAUGUAUAUAACGUUCUUGCUUCAGCAGGAUGGGAGCAUGUUUUCCAAAAUGUGGUUGCAUACUAAUUUUAAUUUACAAAUGUUAUAAUCCCAUCGGUUUUCUAUCAUAGUAAAUAAAUGUUUCUGUUCUUUUACAA